AUGCCGCCACUUGUUCUGUUGCUGUUCAGGUCAACAUUGCUCAGAAGGAAGAAACAGAUAGUUCUACCAUCCAUUCCUUUGGUUCUGGUUAUUGAUUUCCUCCAUGUUUGUAUAUAUGGGUUCCGGUAUUCUUCUCGGCGAACUGUCAACUCGGUCUCGGUGCAAGACGUCAUGCCCGUGGGAGCGCUCGCUCUGGUCGCCUUACUAGCCGCAGCUGUUUCGUGCGCACCAUCGACCCAGAACCUCAGGACCGAUAUAACCAUUAUUCGAGACAAUGAUCUCCUGGACUCCAAAAGUCCAGCGGCCAAUGCAAGCGCUCUCUUUCUCAGGGCUCGGGUGGCCUUUGGGGAGGCCAAAUCCAUGUGCAACGAUCUAGGCGAGCAGCUAUGGGCACCAGAGUCGAACUUCACUCGGAGGGUAUUGGAUAUUCUCGACUACCAAGAACCGGAUGUUGACCUGACGGCAAUCUGGGUUUUGCCCAAAAACAACGAUGUCCCCCAAACGAUUAACCUCAAAGGCGAGGUUUCCUCUGCCAGCGCAUCCGAUACAAAUACCGUUCUGUGCAUGCACACGGCGCCAUAUUCCAACGGCGUAGCCCAGGAUAGCAGUCCGAGGUGGCAGGUGGUGGUUCACUCCAAUAGAGAAGAAGUCCUUGGCUUCCGCGACAGGAACAGCUUCCGCUUCCACGGCAUGCGGUACGCUACAAAUACGAGCCGGUUUGCGUACCCGAGGAUGUAUCGAGGCUCCGGAGGCAAUGCCACCGCGCUCGAAUUCGGCUCCCCUUGCUAUCAGGGAUUCGGCGGCGCAGAAGACUGCCACUAUCUGAACGUUUACACGCCCCAUCUUCCCCGCAACAGACGAAUCGACAGCGGUCUUCGGCCGGUAAUGUUCUGGAUUCACGGCGGGGCUCUUACGAGCGGCUUCGGCAGUGAUCCCUUGUUCGAUGGGGGAAAUUUGGCGUCUCGUGGCGAUGUAGUUGUCGUGACCAUCAACUACCGGCUGGGCUCUCUGGGUUAUCUGGCAAUUGAUGAUGGCGAGACGAACGGCAACUUUGGUCUCGCCGACCAGAUUCUGGCACUGGACUGGGUCCAACAACACAUUCCAGACUUUGGCGGGGAUCCAAGCAAGAUCACCAUCUUUGGUCAGUCCGCAGGUGCCGCCUCCGUCCGGGCGAUGAUGGCGUCUCCAAAGGCGGCCGGCAAGUUUGCAGGUGCGAUCCCACUCAGCAACCUCGGAGGCUUGACCUACGGAACGUCAUAUUCAAAGUACUUCUCCAUCGAAGAGCAGCUAGACCUCGUGGGAAAUGCUAUCCUUGGCACCACCAACUGCACCAACGCAACGUCGCAACUAGACUGUCUCCGAGACGCGCCACUUGGAAGUCUCGGGCCGGGAGCACGGUACCUUGUCAAUGACAGCAUCUACCUGACGACAGACGAGUUGCAGCUUACAGGAGACUCCUUGAAUGUGAACGUCAUGAUGGGCAUCACCUCCGAAGACGGCUUGCCGUUUCUAAUUUUCCCGCGCAACGGUACAGUCCUCAACGACACCCACUGGCUCACGUCUCAGGGUCUCCCGGCUCCCCCGCAGCAUCUCUUCCCUUCGACAGACGUCAGGAACCAGACGCGGGCGGCAUUCGGGGUGGGCGCUAGGCUAGCGACGGAUGCGAUGUUCCGCUGUGUAGACCAAGCGACAGCGUACGCGGGCUUGGAACAUGGCGUCCUCGGAUCCAAGGUGUACUACUACGAGUUUGAGCGGACGUACCAGACGCCAGAGUGGCCGAGACUCGACAUCUGCGAGGCGCCCAAGUCAAAGACGCAUCCCAACGGAAACCCCGAGUCACCCGCUAACAACCUACGAUGUCACUCGGGCGAGUUGCUUCCGCUGUUUGGCAAUGUUGUGCGUCAGGGAAAUCCGCUUCGCGACGAGAAUGACUUGCCCUGGAUGCAAUACCUUGUCGACACCUUCACCUCGUUUGCGAGGACAUAUGAUCCUAAUCCGAAUAAGGCCUUUCUUAAGGCUAGGGGGUUUGAGAGCACGUUGAGGGCGCUAGAAAAGUCGGGGCCCUGGGAGCCCUCGGUGAAAGGGGACAUGAAGAUGAGGGCCAUUGAUUGGCCCGUAAAAGACAACAUGAUGAAGGGAUUCAAGGAUGUCGAGCAGUGCGAGUGGCUCAAGUUGCCGCUCGACUUUUACGUUUGA